UCCAUAACACACGCCACCGGCGCAAAGAUUCGUUUAUUGCCAAUUAAAUUGCGAAAAAAUACCUCUUUUCCCUAAUUUUUUCUAGAUAUGGUGCGUCAAUAAGUUCGUCUGGAUAUUAGUUGAGUACAGUGGAAGAAAAUCAAUUGCUUAAAAAGAUGUUUUCGAUCUGUAAACAAACCCAUGAAGCCACUGCGGUGGAGUUUUCCGUCACUUGCAAUUUUUUCAACAGCAAUGAGAAAUCAUUGGUCACCGGAGGGGCCAACAUCCUCAAGGUGUACCGAUUAAUUCCGGAUGCCGAUCCAGCCACUCGUGAUAAGUUUUCCACCGUGCGCCCACCGAACAUGAAGCUGGAAUGUAUGGCCACUUAUACGCUGUUCGGAAACAUAAUGUCCUUGCAGUCUGUUUCGCUUGCCGGAUCGCAGCGAGAUGCGUUGUUGGUUAGUUUUCAGGAUGCAAAACUGUCAGUGGUGCAGUUUGAUCCGGAUAACUUCGACCUGAAGACCCUUUCGUUGCACUACUUCGAGGAAGAGGACAUCAAGGGAGGAUGGACGGGACACUACCACACGCCGAUUGUGCGGGUUGAUCCGGACAAUCGGUGCGCCGUGAUGUUGGUGUACGGGAGAAAGUUGGUGGUACUUCCGUUCCGGAAGGAUAGCUCGCUGGAUGAGAUUGAGGUGCAGGAUGUCAAACCGAUGAAGAAAGCGCCGACGCAGAUGAUUGCCAAGACGCCCAUACUGGCGUCGUAUGUCAUCGAGCUGAAGGAAUCGGAGGAGCGGAUUGAUAAUGUUAUUGACAUUCAGUUUCUGCACGGGUACUACGAACCGACACUGUUGAUUCUGUACGAACCGGUCAAGACUUUUCCGGGGCGCAUCGCUGUCCGGUCGGAUACGUGUAUGAUGGUGGCACUUUCGUUGAACAUACAACAACGGGUCCAUCCGGUCAUUUGGACGGUGAACAGUUUGCCGUUCGAUUGUUUGCAGGCAAUAGCAAUAAGUAAACCCAUCGGUGGAUGCUUGGUCUUGAGCAUCAAUGCUUUGAUCUAUCUCAAUCAGAGCGUGCCGCCGUACGGUGUCAGCUUGAACAGUACCGCCGAUCAUAGCACUAACUUCCCGUUGAAACCUCAAGACGGAGUCCGAAUUAGUUUAGAUGCUGCGCAGGUGUGCUUCAUCGAGCCGGAAAAGCUGGUCCUGUCACUGAAGGGUGGAGAGCUCUACGUUCUUACGCUUUGUGCUGACUCCAUGCGAAGUGUACGCAGUUUUCACUUCAGCAAGGCUGCUGCUAGUGUGCUGACCUGUUGUCUAUGCGUCGUCGAAGAGGAAUACCUGUUCCUUGGUUCCCGAUUGGGCAAUUCACUGUUGCUGAGAUUCAAGGAAAAGGACGAGAGUAUGGUGAUUACAAUCGACGAUACUGAAGAAGUGGUCGAAAAGGAACCUAAGCGAAUGCGCCUGGAGGAGGAAGAACUGGAAGUGUAUGGUUCGGGACAGAAGACUUCCGUCCAGUUGACGAGUUACAUUUUCGAGGUUUGUGACAGUAUUCUGAACAUUGGUCCGAUUGCACACAUGGCAGUAGGUGAGAGGGCUUCCGAGGAAGAACAGGACGAAAACAAGGAUGUACAAUUUGUGCCGAACAAGCUGGAUCUAGAGAUUGUGACAAGCAGCGGACACGGAAAGAAUGGAGCACUUUGUGUACUUCAGAAUUCUAUCAAACCCCAGGUUAUCACAAGUUUUGGUUUGUCCGGAUGCCUGGAUGUAUGGACAGUCCUGGGAGACAAAGGCGACGACAUGCAUUCGUUUAUGAUUUUGUCGCAGGAAGCCGGAACGAUGGUCCUGCAGACGGGCGACGAGAUCAACGAAAUCGAAAACACGGGAUUUGCGACAAAUGUACCGACGAUCCAUGUCGGCAAUAUUGGAGGGAAUCGUUUCAUCGUGCAAGUUACGACGAAAUCGAUCAGAUUGCUACAAGGAACGCGGCUCUUGCAGAACAUUCCGAUUGACCUGGGCUGCCCAUUGGCAGCGGUAUCAAUCGCUGAUCCGUAUGUUUGUGUGCGUUCCUCGGAAGGUCGAGUCAUCACUUUAGCCCUCCGAGAAGGUAAGGGAACUCCCCGUUUGGCAGUUAAUAAGAACGUCAUUAGUACGACUCCUCCGGUGGUAGCGAUCAGCGUGUACAAGGACAUUUCCGGAAUGUUCACAACAAAAUACGAAGAUUUUUAUGAUACUGCGAAGGGUGGAUCUUCCGCUUAUUCCAGCGGAUUCGGAUACAUGAAGCCCGAAAAACACAUGAAGAUCGAAGACGAAGAGGAUUUGCUGUACGGUGAGACCGGGCGUUCCUUCAAAAUGACCUCUAUGGCAGAUAUGGCCAUCGAAACCAAGAAGAAGAACCCGGACUUUUGGAGGAAGUUUAUGCAACCGGUUAAACCCACCUACUGGCUGUAUGCAGUCAGGGACAAUGGAAACAUGGAAAUCUACUCAAUGCCCGAUCUCAAACUUGUUUACCUGGUUACCAACAUCGGCAACGGCAAUAAAGUCCUCUCUGAUUCAAUGGAGUUUGUUCCGCUCCAAGUUGGACAAUCCAGCGCAGAUGCAGACGUAACUACAGGGGCAUUUACCAGUCCCUACGGUUUCAAUCCCAACCUUCUUCCGAAGGAAAUUCUCAUGGUAGCCCUCGGUCAUCACGGAUCCCGACCAAUGCUUUUCGUCCGGCUGGAGAAUGAUCUUCUCGUUUACCGAGUCUAUCGCUACUCAAAGGGUCACCUGAAACUUCGAUUCCGGCGACAGCCCAGCGGUGUAUCGGGACUGAUUUUCAAGCUGGCCCCGCGCCAAAGCGCCCCCACGGAUCAGGAAGGCGAAAAGCAAGACGAACACUCGACCAAGAUUAUGCACGAAAACAUUUCCAUGAUCCGGCACUUUGGAAAUGUUUGCGGCUACAGUGGGGUUUCUGUAUGCGGAGAAAAACCGUACGUGUUGCUGCUCACAUCCCGUGGGGAACUUCGAGCCCACAGACUGUACGCGAAAACCGUCAUAAAGGGAUUCGCUCCGUUCAAUAACGUCAACUGUCCCAACGGAUUCCUCUACUUUGACGAACAGUAUGAGCUGAAGAUUGCCGUUUUUCCUGGAUAUCUCUCGUACGAUUCGAUCUGGCCUGUUCGGAAGAUCCCUCUGCGAAGCUCCCCGAAGCAAAUUGUCUACCAUAAAGAGAAUAAGGUCUAUUGUGUGGUGAUGGACACGGAGGAGGUUUGUAACAAAUACUACCGCUUCAAUGGGGAAGACAAGGAACUCACGGAGGAAAACAAGGGCGAGCGGUUCCUCUAUCCGAUGGAGCACAAGUUUUCGGUUGUUCUGGUUACGCCUUCGGCAUGGGAAAUCGUCCCCGAGACCUCGAUCAACCUAGACGAAUGGGAGCACGUAAUUGCGCUGAAGAAUGUCAGUCUAUCGUACGAGGGUGCGCGGUCCGGUUUGAAGGAGUACAUUGCGGUGGGAACGAACUACAACUACAGCGAGGACAUUACAUCCCGCGGAAGGUUGCUGCUGUAUGACAUCAUUGAAGUCGUGCCGGAACCGGGCAAGCCGUUGACCAAAUACAAAUUCAAGGAGGUCAUCACCAAGGAACAGAAGGGUCCCUUAUCGGCAAUUACCCACGUGUCCGGUUUACUGGUGGGAGCGGUCGGUCAGAAGGUCUACCUUUGGCAACUGAAAGACGAUGACUUGGUCGGUGUGGCCUUCAUCGACACCAACAUCUUCGUCCACCAACUGGUGUCGAUCAAGUCCCUGAUCCUCGUCGCCGAUGUCUACAAAUCCAUCAGUUUACUUCGCUUUCAAGAAGACUUCCGCACCCUUUCGCUCGUGUCCCGAGACUACCAACCAUUGAGCGUGUUCCAAAUCGAGUACGCCGUCGACAACAACAAUCUGGGUUUCGUCGUUACGGACGAGCAGUGCAACAUCAUCACCUACAUGUACCAACCGGAAUCGCGUGAAUCUUUCGGAGGGCAACGGUUGCUGCGAAAGUGUGACUACCACCUUGGUCAGAAAGUCAACACCAUGUUCCGAGUGCAGUGCGAUUUCCACGAAAUGGAAUCCUACAAACGGAACACCAACUACGAUUUCAAGCAUACGACCUAUUUCGCCACCCUGGACGGAGGCGUCGGGUACGUUCUGCCUCUACCGGAGAAGACCUACCGUCGGCUGUUCAUGUUGCAAAACGUGCUGAUGACCCACAGUCCCCACCUGUGCGGAUUGAAUCCGAAGGCAUUCCGAACGAUCAAAACCGUCAAAAAGCUUCCAAUCAAUCCAACGCGAUGCGUCGUGGAUGGGGAUUUAAUUUGGUCAUUCUUGAACCUGCCGGCCAAUGAGAAACUUGAAGUGGCCAAGAAGAUCGGUACCCGGAUUGACGAAAUCUGCGCGGAUCUGAUGGAAAUCGAAUCAGUGACGCAUGUGUUCUAAACCGUAAGCUGAAUGUUUGAUCAUUAUCUUUAUUACCUAUUAUACUAUGUAUAAUAAAAAAAAAACAGUGUAUUAGUACAACCACUACAACACCA